AUGGGGUCCAUACAGCCGCAAUCAUCUUACAACAUCAACAACCCCUUCCGAACUCGAAUCCUCAAUGGCCAGAUUACACCACUCAUGUCCAUCAAAUUUGUCACGGGCAAUGAGAUUCCCAUGAUGUGCAAGAUGACCGGUAUCCACGCCGUCUUCAUCGAUAUGGAACAUUCCUCCCUCGACAUGCGCACCGUCGCCCAGCUCAUUCUCGCCUGCAACUACGCCGGAGUCUCCCCCAUCGUCCGCUCACCAUCUAAAGCGCACUGGCAUAUCAGUCGGAUACUAGAUGCUGGUGCUGCGGCCGUUGUGAUCCCGCACGUUGAAACAAUUCAGGAAGUGAAGGAUAUUGUGAGGUAUGCCAAAUUCGCGCCACUGGGUACGAGGGGAUGCACGAAUAACCAGCCGGCGAUGAAUUUUCAGCACGUUCCGACGCUUCUCCAGAAUGCGAUCCUGAAUGAGCAGACUAUGGUUAUUCCUAUGAUUGAGACACCUGGGGCGGUGGAGAUUGCAGAUGAGAUUUUCGCGGUGGACGGGGUUGAUGGGGUACUGGUUGGGUCGAAUGAUUUGUGUACAGAUUUGGGAAUUCCCGGGAACUACGAUAGUGGGCUUUAUCAGGAUGCCGUGAGCAGAGUUAUUACCGCUGCCAACAGGGCUAAUAAACCCGUUGGUAUCGGUGGGAUUGGGAGCAGAUUGGAUAUCCUGGAGAAAUGGUUUACGAUGGGGGCAACCUGGUCUUUGAGUGGUCAGGAUGCGUCCAUGCUGCAAACGGGCUUGAAGAAGAUGAGCAAGGAAUACGCAGAAAUUGAUGAGCGGUUGCAGACGAAGCUUUUGGUCCGUUAG